CCAGAAGAAGUCAAGAUGGCCAGAUGCUGGUUGCUCUUCUUGCUCAUUGGGAUGGUCACUGCCGGCAAACCCCGCAAAGGCCCUCCUUUGACCCUUCAGCAGGCCGGCAUCGAAUCGGUCAAGCAGUACAACGAAGAGGCCGGCGCCAGUCCCGUUUACCGGCUGGAGAACCUCGAGCCCGUGGUCAAAUGGGACUCCACCGUCAAAUCUUACCGGUAUUUUAACCUCACAAUCAAGGAAACGGUGUGCAACAAUAAGAAGAAGGUUGAAAUUGAUACGUGUGAAUAUAAAUCGCAUGGGGUGACCAAAACCUGCCGCGUGGGGUAUCGUUAUGUCGGUGGGGCGCCCCAGAUGAAGAUCACUUGCAAAAGAGCGUGAAAGAAAAGCAACACGAGGACGGAUCUUCCCAAAUCCACCCCACGAUUGGCUCUGAACACGCCUGCCGUAGAUGUGGGCGAAACGUCAGGAGAGAAUGCUUCUGGAACAUGGCCAGACAGCCUGGAAGACAUACAACAACCCUGUUCUUGACAGUUUACUUCAAUGAAACACAUGAUACAGAUACGCAAAUUAUCCAAAUCAAUAAAAACUGGGAAGAUAAUA